AUGCUCAAGGUGAUCACGAGGCGUACCCCGAGAUCUGUAGCUUGCUUAGGGCUCCGGUUCAACUCCGGUGGCCCACCUAAGGAGUACAAGUUUGACCCGGCCGCACACCACGAGGUGCCUAAGGACCAACAACAGAAGUACGAGUCUCAGCAACGGUACAAAGCAGUUUUAUUGGGAAUUGCUGCAUUUGGUGGAGCUAUUGGGGCUUUUCAAGUUUACAACAAUUAUGGCUGGGUUAGGGCUAAGAUAACUGGUCAUUCAGGUUUCCAAUCGGAAAUGGCUGACCAAGAAGCAAAAGCUAGGUACGACCUGAAAAAGAAGCAAGAGCUGAAGCAACAACUGGCAAUCACUGAUCCAAAUGACUCAACUGUUCCCGGAUUGUAUGUAUGUGGAUCAAAUGAGUACGGGAUCAUUUCAGCGGAUAAGAAGGUGAAAUUUCAGACGAUAUUGAAGAGAGUACCAUUCUUCGAUGGCAUGUUGCUGAGAGAUGUGAAGUUGGGCGACCAGUCUGCUUGUGCAAUUGACUCUAAGGGAAAUCUAUUCCAAUGGGGGAAGAAUUUUGAUCCAAAAGGGGUAGAACCCAGGAUCUCAGUAAAGGGUCUAGGGUUGGUGAAGUGUGAGAUUUCCAAUGGAGCUGUGUACGCGCUUGCCAAGGACGGCAGUGUGUAUUAUUUCCCGGAAUCGAGCGAGGAACAGAAGCAAUUCAAAGUUGAGAGUCGCAAUGCUAUUGGAAUUAAAUCUACCAAACAUUACCAAAAAUUGAAACUCGAGAAGGCUAAGGAUAUUGCUGCUGGAGACCAGCAUCUGGUAAUGCUUUCUUCUACCGGCAAAGUUUUCACCAUGGCUACUGGUUUCAAAAACAUUGAAAAGUCAAACGGGCAAUUUGGGUCAACCAAAAUGACCCAGUUCGAUACCCCCCCUCUUCCAAAUGUUCCUAUUGAGGUUUCGCUUCUGAACAGAUUCAAAGAUGACAAGACAGGUGAGUAUAAACCUCGCUUGAUAACUCAGAUAGCUGCAGGAAAGUUUCACACGCUGGCACUCGACAACCUUGGAUAUGUUUGGUCGUUUGGACAUAAUGUUUACGGUUCUUUGGGCAAGCAUGUGGCAUACAACACUGAGAUUAUCCCAUACCCAUCUAAAGUGGAACUGUUUUCUGCCCAUUUCAAGAAGGACGAUUUUCCGCAAUGUGUCAACAUCGCCGCUGGAGGAUUCACCUCGUUUGCCACGUUUGUUUCUUCGAAUAUCUACAAACUGUUUGAAGAAUCGUUGAAAGGAAAGAAACGCACUGAUUUUUCAGAUCUCACCCAGACAGAAUCCGAUUCGCAACUCCACCUUUCGUGGGGUAAGGGUUUGAAGGGCGAGUUGGGAACCAGCCAUUUCACCCACUCGCAACCAGAGCCUGCCAAGAUGAAGAUCUUGAACAGUUUGAAAGAUUACAACGAGGAGAAUCACAGAUUAGAGUCUACCAAGAUCAAGUCCUGGUCUGUCGGAGAAUCUCAUGUUUUGAUAACCCUUGAUAGUGGGGAUGUCUAUGCUUGGGGUGACAACGAGUAUGGCCAACUUGGAAAUGGAAAGCGCGUGAGAAGUGCUGCUCCUUUCAACCCCCCUGCUCUGGUGGAGCCUCAGGACAAAAAUGUUACUUUGAGAAAGCUGGAAAAUGUGAACAACAGACUGACCUUGAAGUCGUGGAAGAAGUACGAGCAGUCCGUUGUUGCCGGCAGUGGAGCGACUGGGCUCUAUUAUAAGCCAUUGUAA